AUGGGUGACUGGAGCUUCCUGGGGAGGCUGCUGGAGAAUGCGCAGGAGCACUCCACGGUGAUCGGCAAGGUCUGGCUGACCGUACUCUUCAUCUUCAGGAUCCUGGUGCUGGGGGCCGCCGCUGAGGAGGUCUGGGGGGACGAGCAGUCAGACUUUACAUGCAACACUCAGCAACCGGGUUGCGAGAAUGUUUGCUAUGACAAAGCCUUCCCCAUUUCCCACAUCCGCUUCUGGGUGCUGCAGAUCAUUUUCGUCUCCACUCCAACCCUCAUCUACUUGGGCCACGUGCUACACAUUGUACGCAUGGAGGAGAAGAGGAAAGAGAAGGAAGAGGAGCUGAAGAAGAAGGGAAGCAUCAAGGACAGCAACUCCCCAGCAGCAGCAUCUGGCAGCAGUAGUGGUGGUGGAGGCAAUAGCAUGAAGGAACCUCUUGUCAAAAGGGGGAAGGAGAAGCUCCCAAUCCGUGAUGAACGUGGCAGAAUCCGCAUGGGGGGUGCCCUGCUCCGUACCUAUGUCUUCAACAUCAUUUUCAAGACACUGUUUGAGGUGGGCUUUAUCGUGGGUCAGUAUUUCCUGUACGGCUUCGAGCUGAAGCCCGUGUACCACUGCAGCCGCCCACCCUGCCCGCACACGGUGGACUGCUUCAUCUCGCGGCCCACUGAGAAGACCAUCUUCAUCAUCUUCAUGCUGGUGGUGGCCUCUGUGUCCCUGCUGCUCAACAUGCUUGAGAUAUAUCACCUGGGGUGGAAGAAGCUUAAGCAGGGCAUGACAAGCCAGUACAGCCUUGAGAUACCUGUUACAGCUGUGACACCAGUCGAGGUAGCAGCGGAGGCCAAACCUGUUUCGCUGCCUCCUCCGGCGCCUGACAUUCCUUACUCAGCCGACCUGGCACCGGUCAAUCCAUAUCCUGGAAUCUCUCCAGACACCGUCAGGCAGCUUAUGGAAUGGAUUGAACACGAUGGUCACCUUACUGAAGCAAACCGUCUGAGUAUCUCGCCAGAGGCAAUCUCCUCAGGACUUUGGAGGCUAUCAGUAGGAUGUACCUACGUUUCUGAAAGCGCUUUGGAGAUAUCAUUACCUAUGUCAGGAGCUAGUCAGGAGCUAUACACCAUGACUAUACAGCUAUCCAAAACACAGUGCAGGUUUCAAGAGACCACUCAGUAG